GAUAAUCACAACGAGCGCUGUGUGAAACGACAGUGAAAGAAAAUAUAAGCACAGCUGUUAAAAAACAUUAGAGAAAGCGUCUGCUAGACAAAUACAAACGUAUUUAUUGUUAAUCUGCGUUAGUCUAACAACGCAAAACGGCAAAUCAACGCCCAAUAUUAAACGACAUACGUGGAGUCUGCGUGGCGCUCUCUCUGCUGCUCUUGCAACUCUCCCACGCAAGCCUGCCGCCCAGCCCUCCAGUUUUGAAUAACAGCGGCCACAUCAUGUCCAACGCUGAGAGCAACAACAUGGCCGAGUACUCACGCCGGCUGGCCAUAUUCUCUGUCAACAUGUACAACAAACUGUCGCUGAUGAAACCAAAUGAGAAUGUCGUCUUCUCUCCAUUCUCCAUACAGAGCUGUGCUGCGAUGGCGCGUCUGGGCGCCGAAGGUGAGACAGCAGCUGAGCUCGAUCGUGGUCUUGGCUUGGUCUCCACCGAUGAGCGUCAAAUUGCUGAGAGUUUCCAUCAAGUGAUCAGUGCCUACGAGAAGAGCGACAUUCUGCGUAUUGCCAACAAGAUCUAUGUUAUGCAGGGCUACAAUCUGCGCGCUCAGUUCAAUGAGCUGCUCUCCAAGCAGUUUUUGUCUGGCGCAGAGAAUGUGGAUUUCUCCCGAAAUGCUGAAGCCGCAGGCAAAAUCAAUACGUGGGUGGAGCAGCAAACGAAUCAUUUAAUUAAGGAUUUAGUGCCGGCAAGUGCACUGGACGGAUUCACACGUCUGGUGCUGGUAAAUGCGAUUCACUUCAAGGGUAACUGGGUGCAUGAGUUCCCCGCGCAUGCAACAAGAAAUGACAAGUUCCACUUGAACAAUGUGGACAGCAUUGAUGUGCCAAUGAUGAAUGUUAAGGCACGCUUCCGAUAUGCGAAUCUGCCCAAUUUGGAUGCCAGCGCGUUGGAAAUGCCCUACAAGGAUUCGGACUUGUCCAUGUUGAUAGUGCUGCCCAAUACCAAAACGGGUUUGAGCCAGUUGGAGGAAAAACUGCGAUCCACGCCCAUCUCAUUGAUUACUGAGCAGCUGCGCAGCACGGAGGUGCAGGUCAAGCUGCCCAAGUUCAAGGCCGAAUUUCAGGUGGAGCUCUCUGAAGCUUUCCAGCAGUUGGGUAUGACUCGUAUGUUCUCGGACAAUGCCCAGUUCGGCAAAAUGCUGACGGAACCGGAAUCGCUGAAGGUGUCGGCCAUUAUCCACAAGGCUUUUAUCGAUGUGAAUGAGCAGGGCACUGAGGCAGCAGCCGCCACCGGCGCUGUAGUGCGCAUGAAGCGCAGCCUCAUUUCACUGGCUGAGCCAGUUGUAUUCCAUGCCGAUCAUCCAUUCAUCUAUAUGCUGGUGCAUCAACAGCAAGUACCACUGUUCAUGGGUUCCAUAGUGCGGCUCGAGGGAGCAGCUGCCAGCGCUUGUGCGGCACCAGGCAUCGAGCAUGACGAGUUCUAAAUACCUCUCAGUACCUUCAUUAGUAAUAGUGCAAACGGGUAUUAUUUUGAAAUACUUACUUUAUAAUAAAGGCAGCUAGAUAUUAAUUAGUUACAUUGGGU